AUGCCUAAGGAUAAGGCAGGGAAGAAAAAAGAAGAUCCAAGUAAAUCACCAAACGACGUUAAGUUCAAGGUAAUUGUUUAUUGAAUUGAAAACGCUUUCUAUCAUAAACCUAGGUAUCUUCUUUUUUUGGCUUAAACGUAUCAAACCUUGAAAAAAUUUCAAUUAAACAACGCGAUGUUACUUAUAAAUUUUUUGUUAGCGUCAAAAUUCUCUGACUGACGUGUCAAGCACAUCCAGCAGUUCAUCCUCUUCAUCCACCUCUUCGAGCGGCGCCGAGAGCGACGAAUCCAGCAUCCGUUCGUUCAUAGAGUUCAAAAGACGAGUUGGAUUAAUCUUUUUUUCAGUUUUUUCUGCUUUCGAGAAGAACCGAACAACUAUGACUGAUGGGGCGACCAAUACAUCUGACGCGCAAGAAGCGCUAUCCGAGCCCAUUAUUUUCAAUUUAACAACUGUUAGUUUAUAAAAUAUAAUAAUAUUAUCAGUGAUAUUCUUUCAGAGGCAGUCGCCAAUCAAAAUUGUCAGUGAGCCUUUGCAACCGGCCGCUCACUCACAUUUCAGGCCAAUCAACGUUGAUACUCUACCGGUGCGGUAUCACUUCUCGCACUUUUUUUUUUCAAAAAAAGAAAAAAAAAAAAAUUACUUGGAUUUAAUAAUGGCUCAAAUAAUCGAAAAUGCAAAAUUUACUAUAAAGUUAGAAAAUGAUUUGUCAUUUUUUUUUCAGCAUUUUAAAAGGAAAUAAGGCCGCUCUUCAGUUGAAAGAUUGCAGGCUCCGUGUGAGAAUGCAUACGAAACGGUACGCAACGUUGCGAACCACAUCCGGCGCCCCAACAGCUACACGGCGAACGGCGCCGCAGGAAGUUACACGCUCAACCCCGGCUCGAAAACUCCGCCGCCGACCGGCGCCGCGGCCAAAAAGAAAGCCAACGGGAAGCAGAAAAAAGAGCGAAAGCUGACAAAAAAGCAACGGAAGCAACUUGAUCUGGGCCAUGGGUAUAAGGCCGUUGAUGUGGUAUCUGAGGUGUUAGCUGAAAGCGAGGAAUCCCUUUCGCAGAGAGGCCUGUGCGAACCGCAGCAAAAGCCGCGUAGCGAGCUCAAAAAUGAUAAACGACAACUGCAAGCGAUCAUGUCGGACGACGUCACCUACAUCAACCAGGAUGAACACGAAACAUCCGGAGAAGUACUACUCAUGGGCCAAGUCGGAACGAUCUCAAUUAAACUCCAGUUUUUUGGAGGCCUAACUGUCUUCAGAACUUUUUUUUGCUUAGGUUUCCGAUGAAGGUUGGAAUAAAUCCGAAAUUUCUGACAAGGAAGGUCAUUUUGCAGUUGGAAUCAUUCUGUAAGUAGGCCGAACAACAUCUUGAACAAGAUUCUGAAAGUCAUAAUCUCUUCUUUUUUUAAGAAAGGGCAUUUCAAAGCCGAAAAAAACCUCAAAUUUUGUUAAGUAGGCUAUUUUGAGAUUUUGAACCUUCCUUGCUCGGAAUACACCUCGUACAUCAAGAAGUUUUUUGCCAAAUUUUCAAAGAAUUACCAACCUCACGACAAGUCAAACAAAAAAAAAAAACAAAAAUUGAUUGAGUUUCCUUGUCAGAUUUCCUGGGAGCUACUUCAAAUUUUUCGACCCGAAAUUUCAACAAAUUCACGUAUUUAACUUCUUCGAUCGAGUUUCAAUGCUUCUUAGAGUCGGAAUUUAAAAAACCUUUGUCAGAACUUGUAAUCUUGCAUUGAACUUGUAAAUCUGAAAUACACGCGUGAAAAGAAAGUUUAACUGAACUUUUUUUUUUCAACAUCGACAAAAUUUUUUCAACACCGUAUCAAUUGUUUAACCAUUUUUGUGCGUCCUUUCCAAAUCAUUGAACUGUAUCAAUUAUUCCUUGCUUCUCAUUAAGAGAUCUUUCCGAGCUUUUGCUGUGUUAGAGAAGAAAUCAAUGCCGUGUUCAAAGUAAUUUCCGCGAAAUGCAAAAUGGUCUCCGAUUCUCGAAAAAUUCAGCUAUCUUUUCCUUUCUCUAAGGGGUAUUUUGCAUUUCGCGGAAUCACUUUGAACACGGCAUAAAAUUGAAAACACGAGAAUUUUUCAGAUGACGGUCGUGCCAACAAAUCACGCUGCUCGCGCUGCCCUCGGAUUUGAUUCGACGAUAAAAAUGCCGUAUUAUGGCCCUCCGGUUUGGUUUUGAAUUUUUGAAAUAUUUGAAAAAUCUUACAAAAUGUUCACGUAAUUUAAAUAGUUUGUUCUUCAGAAGUUCAUAAACGUUUGAUUCUUUUUUUCUUUCUGUGAAAGCCAAAACGUUCAAGAAAAUACUACGGCUGCCGGUGACCGGUUAAUGUUGCGCUGCCAGUUUCGGAGCCAGGAUUUUUUUAAAAAUUUUUUUGGAAUUUUGCAUUUUGUUAAAGACCUACGAGGUUGAAAGAUAAGUUACGUCAAAAAAUAAGUACACAAGUUUUCAUUUUUGUUACUGAAAAACCUAGCUUGACUACCGUAAUACGACCGGCCGCCUUGAAACUGCGUGCCAAGCUUGGAAACAUACCUGAAAAAAAAAAACAAAGAGGGCAUAUUUUCUGUUACAGGUCGGAAACGAGUUCUCUACCCGGAAACCGAGAGCGCCGACACCGCCCGAAAGUUUGAGCGAUCUGUGGGGAAACGAAAUGAGAUACGCGAAUCAGUUCGACGAGGAUUUGCCGAUCGGACGACGAUACCAUGAUGCCAUGACUUUUUGUCAGCGUCAUUAUCUGGCUGGAAUGGGUGGAAUGUUAGUUAUGAUGGAUAUAGAGCGCUGAGCUGGCCAUAGUGUUGCAACGCGGUCGAAAAUUCGGUGGUAUGGAAAAAAGACCAGCGAAAAUUUGAACGGCGACUUUUCCGAUUUUUUCAUAUCGCUAGGGAACUUUCCGACGGCCACCUUUUCGCCGAAUCUUUUUCCGACUUUUUUCCCUUAUAUUUUGUGGAUCAUAAAACAUCUAUUAACAUUUUUGUCCUAUUUUUUGUGUUUUAAUCAUAAAUAAACUACCUACUUCAUAUAGGAAGAUUCAAAACAGAAUGUUCAUCGAGAAAAAAAAGUCGGAAAAAUUUUCGUCGGAAAGGUGACCGUCGGAAAGUUUCUAGCGAUAUGAGAAAUCGGAAAAGUCGCCGUUUGCAUUUUCGCGGAUCUUUUUUUCAUACCACCGAAAAUUUGCCACUCUUAUAAUUUUUCUCUCAAAGUUUUCACAGAGCGUGUAAAUUGGAGAGUAAAUCUUAAAAAAAGUGUGUUAUUUACCAUCAUUAUGUGAUGUUGUAAAUUUUCAAAUAGGAUAAAAAAAACUUUUGGACCUAUUCGAUCUUCAAGGCCGGCUCACGCACAUCCUUGAGGCCGCGUGCGAAAAAGUGGGAAACGGUUUCCCGCCAUUUUGAAACUCGAAAUUGACUAAAAUUACUCUUUUUACCAUCAGAAUUGUUUCUUCCCUGUCCGAAUCUUCUAACAAAUCCUAUUACAUGAGAUAAAGACCGAUGAUAUUCUAGCGAUUUUCAGGCCUUUUCUAUUUUUGAGGAAAAAUAAAUAACUUUCCACUUUUUUUAGCAUACGGCCUCUGGAUGAAUUUACGAAACUAUUUAGAAAUUAUUUGAUCAUUCUGAAAAAAAGAAAAAUUGUUUACAGUGGUCCGUACACAAACCAGUCGGCAGCCGUCAAGUUGACAUCGCGCAUGGGGUUUGGCAUCGCGGGAAGUGGAAUUAUGGAUAAGGUUACAAAAAGUUUACCUCGAAAAAAGUUUCAAAAUGAAGAAAACAAAAAGCGAGGAUCAUGGCUGAAAGAAAGUUAUUUGCCGUCUACUUCAUCCAACAUUUUCUUUAAAAAAUUUCUUUCAAUUUUCGAAAAAAAAAAGAUUACGGCCGUGUUCAAAGUAAUUUUCGCGAAAUGCAAAAUUAUCUCUGACUCCGAAUUUUUGAUAUAUUUUUCUUCCUCUGUUUGCUAUUUUGGAUUUAGCGGGAUCACUUUGGACACCGCAUCAUUCACACAUGCCGGGUCAAGCAAAAAGAAAAGAAACUUUAAUUUUUUGAAUAAAACGCGAUAUAAUUCAGGAACCAUCGGUGAAGCUGUCAAUGGAGACGUCGCGACCUGUUUUGAAAACGACUUUCAGUGAACUGGUCGGCCCGAAUAUUGAGAAUUGGCGAACGGCUUUUGCUAUGGUUCUCCUAACGCAUUUUCUUGUUUUUUGAUCAUAUUCUAAUUCAGGGCCUCGAAAGAGAGAUGAUGAGCCCGUCGAUCAACCACGCCGGCAGCGUUCGGAACAUGCAAGAAAUCAUCAAAGCGGUACAAUUUGCUUAUUUCCUCUUUAUUCAACUUUACCGUUUUAUAGAAACUAUCUGCUGAACGUGUUGAGUGGAUCCACAAGUUGCUGUCGUUAAUUCUGAAGGGAGAAGUCCAGAAGGUGAAUCAGAUUGUUCUUUUGUUCCAAUUAAGCGUGUUGCAAUAUGAUUUUCUAAAAUUAUACUUUGAUUCGUUUUUGAAAUUUCCUUCAGUCGAUGCUGAAUGUCGAAAAAUACUAUCUGAAGAGAAAAAGGACAUACAAACCCCCUAAUGUCCGAAAAAUAGUGCUUCCUCUUGUACUAAGGUUAUAUUAAAAAUUUUUUAGGUUUGGAAGCGGAUCCAAAAUUUCAACCAGCUGCUGAUCCAGGGCGGCCGUGAAGCGUCGAGACAUUUCACGCUCAUGGCGCCGCGCGAUCGCUACGUUUACAUUGUGGAGGUUCAUUAAAAAAAAUCACUUCAAAAUCGUAUUUUUUCUUGUUUUUCAGCAACUUCUGACCAAAAUUUCGGACAACGAGCAAUCCGUGAACCCCGUGAUGUAUUUGGCGUGUCGCGGCGCUGAGCAAACGUUCUGCUUCAGAAACAACCACAAAAACUGCAUGUAAGCUGGAAAAAUACGCCAUGAAAUGGAUGAGUCGAAUUUUAAUUAAGAGAACUUGUCAUUAUAAAAAGUACAGAAUUUCUAUAGGAAAAUAAAAUUGUCGAAAAAAAAACGCUUUUUCAUCAUCAUUUAUUCAAUACGAAUAACAGUUCAAGGGCCAAAAUGACCUCUCACCGAACCAAUUUUUGAAAAGGGGGUACAAAGAAUUAAGAACAGAAACAAAUAAAUAAAUAAUCAAAAGAAAUAAUAAGAAUUUCGGCGAAAAUGUGGGUUUAUUUCUAAAUAAGUUUUGAAUCGCAUAGAACUAUUACAAAGAUCAACCACAAAAUCGGGAAGUGAGAAACCAUCUAUAACUCUUCUAAUUGCUAUCUCUUUCACUGUCUGACCGUUGUUUUGGAUAUCUUUUCGAAACGGCUUUAAUAACUCUAUAAGAAGCCUUUAUCGAUACCUUAACUGAGCACUCAAGCAAAUUUCCAGAAAAGCCAAACUUCGAACUGAGUCUACCUUCCUUGUCCAAUUUUUUGUUCCAAAUAUAGAAGCUAUUUUUCUCUGACCAUGAAGUUUCAGUCUUCUGGAUUCGCUGCUCGCCGCGCUGCCGGUUUUCGCACGAAAACGGUAUCUGACAGCCAAGUCUUCGCGUGACGGCUUCACGGCGUUGCAUUAUGCGGCUCUCGCCGGAUACCCGUGCCAAAUCGACGUCUUGCUCAGAUAUGGUACAGUAGUCAGCUUGAAUUUUGAACUCGGAAAUAUUUGCAGGGUGCAACUUGGAGGCGAGAUCGGCCGAUGAUAAGACGCCGCUUUAUCUGGCUUGCAGACGACCUUGCGGACUGAUGGUGAACUUUUUUUUUCAAGAGUGUUUAUGGGCGUGAAUCGGAAAUUUAUUGAUUUUUGAUUUUUCGGCUCUCGCAGAAAUGAAAACAAAAGAGUUUCUAUCACUGCUUUAGCUGUGUGCAAUUUUGGGCGAUCCAAAAAUUGAAUGUGAAAUGAUUCCGCGUUAUGCGCAAAAUUGGAAUUUCGGGAGUCGUUUGAAAAAAUUUUUCAUAUUUGUCGAUGGCUUUUACGCGCGAACUGAAAUUUUUUUGAUUAAAAACGUCUGAAGAUGUUCAAAAUUUGGAGUGAAGGGUGUAAAAGCCGCUAUUUCAUUCUAGGACCCGAUUGUUUUUCACGGCAAUCCUUUCCGUAUUUCGCAAAAUCAUCUCCAACGAGAAACGUGUAGUCUUCAAAUUUUCUUUGAACAUUGAAGAAGAAAAAAUAAAUUUAACACUGGAAUUUUCGUUUCCAAACCGAUUCAUUUUCAGGCUCGACAACUUCUGUGGCAUGGAGCUGACAUUGGCGCCGCCAGUGGCGGAUACACGACUGGACAUUUCAGAGGCUCACAGAACAACGAUCGAUUCGCGGUUUACUCUAGCCUUUCUCUUUGGAAGUUAUCUUCUUUAUGUUUUUAGAGUCUCAAGUACGUUUCGGAUCGUGUUCAAGCGCUCGAAAGUACUCUGAGAAGCUACGUGGAGCUGAUGCUGCGAGGUGAAUCUCUAAUUUUUUUCGGGAAAAUGCUAAAUAAAGUUUAAUUUUUUUUUAGAUAGUUUCAAGUAGAUCAAGCUCUUUAAAUAUUCAAACGAAUUUUUCUGUUUUAAACUUGAAAUUAAUCAAAAUUGAAAAAGAAUUCAUUGCCCACUGCUACAGUAUUCGGAUCAGAGACCACUUAGGCGGCUAGAAUUAAAUGGCCUCUUCAGAAGUCUAACUGGUACUACUAGACCGCUGAAAGACCCAAAUUAGUGGGUUUUAUAAAAAAUCUUUCAGUUAAUACUUUAGUGUCCUUUGAGAAAUCUCUUAAGUGGCAACUAAAGUUUUUCGCAUGAACUUCUGAGAGUUUUUCAACUUUGUGCACGAGGAAUGUAGAUAAAUAAGAAUUUUUCAAACGAUUUCGUCAUAAAAUCUGCACAAAGAACUCUCUCACCCAAUAAAUCUUUUAUAUCUUUUUUGAAACAAAAAAUGGAGAUGUUCAGAACAUUUUCGACCAUUUAAGUGGCCAGUAGAGGUUAUCCCAUUUGAAAAAAGAAUUUUUGUCUGUUUGAAAUGCAUAUCAACUUUUCAGGAACUGAUGAAUCUUUCAAAGCGGCUAUUGGAGAUCCGAUAACGGAUCUACACACGGUACGACUCUCGCACUGUAUCGAUGAUCUACACGAAGACGCGAAUCGCCGGAGAACGGUUCAUUCAGUUCAUGAGGCCUUUUUCCGUACUGCUGAGUUUCCAGAACGAUAAAGUCGUCGAGAUGAACUUCCGCCCCCGGUAUCAUGCCAUUCCACAGGACAGCAUGGUGGUGAGUUGUCAAUGUUAAAAAAUGCUGAAACAGUCAUGAACAUAGCUUUUUGUGAAGUUUUCUUUUUUUAGAAUCUAUCAUCCUUUUUUGAAAAUAACUUUUUCCUGAAAGUUGUCUUUGCAAAAUGCGCCAUCAUCACCUAUUUUUAGCGAUCUCCAUAACUGAUGCCAUUUUUAAUGACUUUAUUCUCAAAAUUAAGGUCAUAACUACCUCCCUGAGCUUGCUUUUAUUCUUGGCAAAGCUCGGAAGACAUUUUCACUCGUUUUGGUCAAUUUUUUCCUUCUCCAGAACUAAUUGAGCUCUCUACAUGCCUAAAGCCCAAUUUUUGAGGUGCUGUUCGCGAUUCCGGCGACGUACACCAAGUACGACACGACGAUGCCGGCGUGUUUCCCGCACGUGACUCGCGUCUCCUUGGUCGAGAGACCUUUCGAGCUGGCGCAGUCCUUUGCCGUCUCCCAUCAACAGCUCCAAAGCGACGACGAACAUCCGACGACGGCCCUUCACCGUCAUGCUCUGCGUGUUCAGGGAAUCGCCGACCGCAUCGUUCCUAUCGCUGCAAUCGGAAAUCCGAGGUAUGAGAAGGGAUAGGUGAAAUGGACAGCAACCCAGUGAAAAUUUUAAAAAAAAACGGAUGAAAAUAAUUAAUUCCUUUUGAUUCUAGUUUCGAAAUCGUUCUCGAGCAAAAGGUGCUUUUUUAGAUUUUUUCGAAACUUCGUUUGAAUAUUUGAAGAAAUACUUUGAAGUUACUUGCCUGUUCUAUGAGUAUUCGUAAGAACUGGGGAUCGAAGUCUUCAGAAAGGAUCGCCAGAACGGCUUUUGAUGGGUUUCUUUGACUUUUUAAAGUCCGCCUUUGUAAACUAGAAUACUGUUAUAGCCCUUGUCACGAUUUCUGUUUCUCUCCGAGCUACAAAAUCAUUCCUAUCGAGGUGCGUGGACUAUUUCUGUUCAUGCGCUUUUUACUUGGCCUGAAAGUUUCGUUAUAUUAAAGGCGCAUGCACAAAAAGAAGGUCGCGCGCUUCGAAGAGAAGAGUUUUUUGGCUUAGAAAAAAACGGAAAUCGUGACGAUUUGAUGGGGAAUGAGCUGUUGAAGAUUUCCGAAUAUCUCUAAAGUACAUCUGAAAGUUCUCUGGCCGAUUUUUCAGAAAAUCACAAAAAUAAAGAUACCUUUCGAGACAAUUUGGCGUAAAUUUAAAGUGUAAUGGCGCAGAACAAGUCUGCGCCUAACGAAAAAUAGUAAUAUUUUAAUAUUUUUCUCCUUCUUUGUUCGGCGUUCAAAUGCCCCGAUUUCCUCAGACUGUGCUUCGAAGUCGAUGGCAAAGGCCUGGCAGUGAGUCUGACGUCGUUUUUCUCCGAAGAACACAAUGGCUCGGUAUAUGCGUACAACUUGCCGAGUGAAAGAGACCACAACGGCAUCGCAAGAAUGGCCAAGGGUUCUCUCCGUUUCGAGCUCAAUUCCGGACCGUCCAUGAAGGUAAAUUAACAUUUAUUAUAUUUUUUGUGAGUUAUUUGGCGAGUUGAGAAAAGAAAACUUAGCGCGGUCAAAAAUUAUCGAUGGAGCGCACAAAAGUAAGCAUCUAACGCAAAUUCUCAUCUCUAUAUUAAUUCAAACUUUUCGGUUCAAAUAAAAAUGGAAAACUCUAGUGAACCCUUAAGAGGCCCCUCAGAGACUACUCGGAAAGGACACUAAAGUGGCCCCUAAAACCGCCUUAUAGACGCCACUAUUUUGCGUCUGAGUGGUCUAGUCCCACUAAAGCCACUAAACUUAACCACUAAUUUGACUACUACUAGUGGUCACGUAAAACUUCUUAAUUUUUGUUUUGUCCAGCCUUACGAAAACUCGCACCUCAUGCUCCAAGCAUAUGUGGUUCGUGACGCCCGCAAGCCGAACGUACCGAUCAUGAUGGUGGACCGGAAGAAAAUGGAUUAG